AGCGCUGUAUGUUCGCUGUGCGUUUUGCGGGUGUCCCGUCAGCAGUAGCCUACUUUUGUCUCCUGGACGCAUGCAGACGAUGCAGACUAUCAGGUCGCGUCACACGGGUCGGUAAGCAGCCAACACGAUGAUCUCUGAUCGGCCCACCGCUCUGGUGCAUCAAUGAGGGGCAAUGUGGAAGGAGAUGAUGACUGCUCACAUCGUCAAAUAAUGGUCUAUGCCUUUAUCUAAUGGGGGUAGUACUCGCUUGCUCGCGCCGUAGGAAGAAGUUUUUCUGUCCAUGUUUGUACGACCACCAUGCUGUCAGGGAGAUAUGUUAAUGUCAUUGGCCUCUGCCUGCUAUGGCAGAGGGCUUCUGCACAAGAUUCUUAUGACUUCAUAGUCGUAGGUGGUGGCGCUUCCGGGCUGACGCUCGCAACCCGCCUCUCCGAGGAACCAAACUUCUCGAUACUCGUCCUCGAAGCCGGCAAUGAUCAUAUCAACGACACCAAGGCGCAGUGCCCCGGGAUAUUCGCAUCUAUGUAUGGCGACCACGAGUAUGAUUGGGACUACCAGAACGAACCACAGCCAUACCUCAACAACCGGACCCAUGCAAAUAUUGCAGGAAAGGGCCUCGGUGGCGGCAGUGCUGUGAACUUCAUGUGGUGGACUCACCCGUCACGCAAGGAUAUCGAAAAUUGGGGCGCCCUUGGCAAUGCAAAUUGGAGCUGGGAAGAAGUACAGCCGUACCUCAAGAAGUCAGAAGCAUACGUGCCUCCUGCUUCCACUGAGGCCAUCGAGGACAUGCAGACGCAGUACAUAGAGCCAGAUCUGCACGGCACGGACGGGCCUACCAUCAACUCCUUCCCAACUUCGUACGGUCCAUUCACGGAAGCCUGGGCUGAGACAUUCGAACGGAUUGGAUUAUAUCCAUCGGGGGAUCCGAGGGGAGGGGAGGCGCUGGGAGGAUUUACGAAUCCAUUCAACAUCGACCCGCAGACGAAGGCAAGGAGCUAUCCUACCACGGAGUACCACCUUCAUGCUGCUGACAGGCCGAACCUCAAAGUCGUCACUGGAGCUUUUGUCACAGAGAUCCUGUUCGAGGAAGGUGAGGCUGAUGGCACAGCAGCGAGUCCCAAGGCUACUGGGGUUGCGUAUCUCAAAGACAACUCUACCCAUACGGCGCAAGCGAGUGCAGAGGUGAUCCUCUCGGCAGGGUCGAUGCAGUCGUCAAAGCUGCUGGAGCUCUCAGGUGUCGGCGACUGCGAUCUCCUGGCAACCUUCGGGAUCGAGUGCCGCGUGAACAACACGAAUGUCGGAGAAAACUUCCAGAACCAUCUCAUGCUGCCUCUCGGGUGGGCGGCCGUCCCCGGCCUCACGACCACGGACGACUUCUCCACCACAGAAGCAUUCAACGCGGCACUGGAAGAGUACACCUCGUCCCGCAGCGGCCCCUUCACCACCGUGAACGGCAGCUCGGCACUGCUCUCCUUGGAACAGAUCGGCGGCUCCUACGGCGAGAUAGACCCGGCCCCGGCGCAGGCCGGCUAUGAGGCGCAGCACAAGCUCCUCCUGGACGGGCUCAACUCCACCGGGAACUCGGCGGUGCAGCAGAUCUCCCUGUCCGGCGGCAUCUCGCCAUGGUUCUACAACGACAGCACCAGGGUGUUCGCCGGGCCCGCCGACGGUGGCAACUACUUCACCAUGAUCGGCAUCGUGUCGCACCCCUUCUCGCGCGGCUCUGUGCACAUCCGGUCCGCAGACCCGGGCCAACAGGCCCGCCUCGACCCGCGGUACCUCUCGCACCCGGUCGACCGGCAGAUCGAGCGGCAGCUGGCCCUUCACAUGCGGGACCUGGUGCGGAACCCGCCUCUCAGCGGGCUGCUCGAGGGGGGCGGGACGGUGUACCAGCCCGGGUACCUGGAUGGCGGGGUGCUGGGGGAGGACAAUGUCGAUGCGUUCGUGGCUGAGAGGAUGCUUGUUGCGUAUCAUCACUCCGGAAACAAUGCCAUGCUUCCUCGGGACAGUGGUGGCGUGGUUGAUCAUCGGUUGAGGGUGUACGGGGUCGAAAGUUUGAGGAUCGUAGAUGCCAGCGUGUUCCCGAUGCUGCCACAGGGUACGAUUACGAGUAUAGUGCUUGCCGUUGCGGAGAGGGCGGCUGAAUUUGUGAAAGAGGAGCACGCAGGUGCAUGAUGAAUUCCGAUGGAGCUAGGCCUAGAGAUCGAGAGUCCGUCUGAGGUGUGCUGCACCUACGACGGCUUCUAAGGCUCUGUUGUGAGCACAACUGAGUGGUUUCACCCUUACACAUGUUAUCCGUAUAUUCCAAGGUUGAGCCUGGAUGAGUGAUUAAAGUAUACCUAGGUACGCAAGCGAACCGUAGCGGACUACCUCGUAAAAUGUCAAUUGGCUCAAGACUAA